GAGUCCUUGGCGCUGGAAACUAUAUAAACGGAUCGCUUAUAAUUGGUUAGGCUAGCUGGAAGAUUUUUAACCAAAGUACACCAUGUCGUUCCACGCUGUUCGUGCAGUUGUCAUCGCGUUAUGCGCUAUCGCUAUCGUCGCUGGGGAUUAUCAGCUCCCUGAAACUGUGAAAACCUGCAAAAGAGAUUCCGAUGACUUUUCGUCUUGUUUGAGGCUAGCCAUACAAGAAGCAUGGCCCACGUUCGUUUCAGGAUUGCCAGAGUUCGACAUACCCAUUUUGGAUCCUUAUUACACCGAGUCUCAUUCCAUGGAAUUCGAAAGUGGCCAGCAUGGUGGAAAAAUGCUUGCCACGGACAUUAGAACAUACGGUCUUGCCAAAGCACGUUUCUUAUCUGUGAAACCGGAGAUGGUAGACGAUCUUUUCCGCUUGGAAAUCGACGUUGAGAUACCAAAGAUUUUAAUCGAUGGCAACUACAAAGCCGAAGGUUACCUGGCAUCUUUUAGAGUGGGUGGAAAAGGUUUCUUCAACAUUAGCAUGGAGGACCUCAGAGUCACAUGGGACAUCUCUGGUCAUGUAGUAAACGAUAUAUGGGUUGUGGAACACUUCAAACUAUCGCCUACAGUUGGAGAUAUGAAGAUCUGGUUCAGUGAUCUCUUCAAUGGAAACAACGAACUGAAUCGAGCUGCUCUCGUCUUCAUCAACGAAUACUGGCCUUUAAUAUACCGAGCAAUAUUACCAAAAUUGACGGAUUCUUGGGACACGUAUCUGACCGAAUUCACCAAUCGGUUCUUCUCGAAGAUACCUUUCUCAACUGUAUUUCCUUGAGUCACGUCGGAACUAUAGCAAUAAAAUAAUUGUAAAAAAAGGAAAAGGCAUAAAUCUAAGAAGGAAGAAAGAAAUGUGAAGAAAAUUGAAGAAUGGAACCUGGAUAGAUUUUUCGAUGGAGUUAAACGUGGGUUGAAAUGGGAGAAAGGAACGCAGAACUGAUAUUAUAUUAUAUAAACGACGUAAGGCGAAUAAUUUUAUGGACAUUUUGUAAGAUUUAUUUGAUACACAAAUUGUAUAGUUUUCGAGGAUCCAUUGUUAAUUACCGAAGACACAGCUGCUAACAAAGCGGUGAUUAUACACAUGGAUUGUUAACUAGUGUUGUUAUUGGAUGAAGCAUCAUGUAAGAUAGAAAUAAACGCGAUGUCGAAUGUUAAUGGAGGUAACUUUAAUUCAAUAAUUCCGGAUUAUUUCGGUUAGAUGAAUUAAUCUAAUUCAACUAAUUUAAUCAAUCAGGAUAAAUGGACAGAUGCCUGGUAGAAAGUUAAAAACAGAUUACAGAGUGUCAAGGCUAAUCGUACACGUUCGUAAAAAGCUCAGAGUAAAUUAAAAAAAUACACAAAAAUAUUUUUACAAAAGUUGUCUGUUAUUCUGGAAUUAUUACAAUACUUCACAGACCUAUGUUAAACAAUAUUUAUUUAUUCAAUUUGUCGAUUAAACGAUCAAAAUUCAAAUACAGGUGCAAAAUACUGUAAUCACAAAAUUAAUUAGAAAAAAAAAAAAAGCGGAGAGCAUAGGUACGUUCAAGUCGAUAUAUUUGCACAGAUUCUUGUAAACAUCCGUCUACGUAUUUUUAAAAUGCAAAGUACAUGUAAAUUAUAGAGAAACGUAUUCAUCAUGCUGUAAGCAAAUCUUGUAAUGUAAAACGAUUGUACUUUGCAGAACGAUUCUCCUCUUGUAAUUUUUAUUGCAUGAGUGAUUAUUGCGUAUAAUAUUAUCGGGUCAAGGGUAAAUAGUUGUUAAGAAAACAAACCUACGCUUUUAUAAAUAUAUACAAUAUACAUAUA